ACUACGCGGAGACCAGUCGGCUAAACAAGAGAAGUGUUGUGGUCCACUUCCGGUUACAGCAGUCCCAAACAAACACGAUUAAGCUGUGGUUUUAAAAGGCAGAUUUACAAGUCAUAUCGCUCUCAAAAUGGCUGUGGCCGUGAGUUCAACAUGUCCAGGGCUGUACUGUGGCAGGAUGAUGGUCAACGGCUCAGUGGAGGGAGAAUGUGGUGUUUGUCCUCGAGGAGAGCGGGCCAACAUGCAGAAAGUGUGUGAGCGCUGCAUCGAGUCUCCUGAGAUCUACGACUGGCUCUAUCUGGGGUUUAUGGCCAUGUUGCCUCUUGUGUUGCACUGGUUCUUUAUUGAAUGGUACUCUGGAAAGAAGAGGUGAGACUGAGUUCCAAAGCUGCUGCUGUACAGAGGAAGUUACUUCUGUGUGAAAUGACCAAAGUGAUCAUGUCCAUAAGUCAUAUUGCAUAACUUCAAACUUAAUGAAGAGUUUAUAUAAUGAGCACUCAGUGGCACUUCUGGUCUAAUGUGUAAUUAAUAUUGCAAACAUAUCUAUAAAACACAUCUCUAAAGGCCAAACAUAAAAUAUUACUAUAUAAAAUAGCAAAUGUAAAGAAUAUGUAGACUGUAGCAGUAAUGUACUUUUUCUAUUAAGUGAAAUAGAAUAGUCCCAAAUUUGAAUUAUAGCAUUCAGACUUCUGCUGUUCUAACCUUUGCUUCUAUGAAAAUAUGUAACUGAAAAAAGGCAAAUAAGCAGUUUAAGCCUGCACACAGGCCUAACAUUAGAUGAUAUUUAAUACCAGACGCACCUGAAAGGUUCAUCUGUGGCAGCAGUAAGGCUUAUGACAAAAACACUCCGUCUUAUAACUGUAGCAUUAUAAGAAAGUCAUAAUGAAACAAUAAAUAGAAAACACUUCAAAUAAAAAUGAACACGGGGCUAACGUGACCCCGCCCCCGCCCGGUCAGCAUUUACUCAGCUUUAAUAUCGCUCUGGCUAGCUUAGCGUUGUCUGUGAUGUUCUGUUAGCAGUACAAUGCAGUUGUUUCUGUUCUGGAUGCAGUUUGAACUUUACUAACAUGCUGUCGUCCUUUUGUGCAAUAACAACAAAAAUAACGUCCACAUCUACGCGGCAGACUGUUCCACUAUUUCCCUCCUCCAGCUGACUGUAGUGUAAGUGGAAACGAAAAGCAGAAUCCACAGACGAGCAGACUGAUAAUUACAAGGUUCUUGAUUGCCAUCCCUUAAAUUUCAGCCCCCUAUCUUUCUACAAGCCUUCAGUAGUGGAGACCUUACUAUUAUAUUUUCAAACAAAUUCAAGUUCUCAGGAUUUCAUGUUGAACUACACUUUUUUCUAUUCCUGUCACAGUAUAAUGUUGAAUGAUAUAGCUUAGCUAUAUCUAGGGAACUACGACUAACUUUAAUAUUAGACAAAGAUAAAUCAAGUAAAUAUAAAAUGCACUUUUCAGGGUACUAUGUAGGAAAAGUAAUUGCCCCCCCUCCCCCACCAGAGACUUUGGACAAAGCAAAAGCAUGCUGUGCACUGACAAGAAGAAAUCUGAAGUCACAUUACAUCUGUUGUAAAACUAACGUAGCAUUUCAUAAAAAGAACACAUGGCAGCAGUAAAACAUGGUGUUACUUUGAUGUUCUGGGGCUGUUUGCUGCUUCAGGACCUGGUUGACUUCCUGUAACUGAUGGAGUCAAUUCUGCGCUGUACCAGAAAAUCAUGGAGGAGAAGCUCAAACACACUUGAACAAUGAUCAGUAACAAACCCCCACGUCCACCUGUUAAUGGCUUAAAAAUAAAAAAAUGAAGGUUUUGGACUGGUGUAGUCAGUGUCAGGGCUUAAAAUAAACCGCUUUGACCUUAAACAGGUCAUUCACGCUGAAAAACCCUGCAGUGUAGCUGAAUUAAAACAGUUUUGUAAAGAAAAAUGAGCUUCUAGUUACGUGAAAGACUCAUUGCCAGUUAUUGUAAAUGCUUGAUUGCAGUUCUUGCUUCUAAGGGUCUAGUUAGUAGGUUUAGGAGGCAAUUACUCUUAAAUAAGAGCAUACAGGUUUGGAGAAGGUUU